AUGACUAUUCGCAGAUCUACCAGAAUUGCCUCUGGCUCUACCGCUGUUGUAUCAGAAAAGCCAGCCAAUAUCGUCAGCACGACGUCCAGAAAGCGCUCGGUGAGCACUGCUUCUCCGCAAACACAAGCGACAAGGACGAGCAAAAAACCCAAACCGACACCAGAUGUGGUUCCAGUCAAUGGCGAGGUCGAGUCACCAGAGUUCAAAGUGCCAGUCACACCGGUGAAAAACGCCAGGAGAGCCCCCGCCAAAGCCAAGCACCCGCCGUUGACGCCAACCCCGAGCUUGAUCAGUGUGAUCAGAGCACCGUACAGCUCUGGGGAUAUCGACGAUGCGGCACCACCGCCAGAGCGACCUGUCGAGCCACACGUGACGAACGCAGCGUUGGUGACUCCAGGAGGUACGCAGCAGGUCGCAUACCCGGAGGACUUGCCGCCAGACUCGACACCCUCAAAGACCGGACUCCCUCGGCCUACAGCGACGACCAAUACACUUCUCGAUCAAGCUUGCGCGCACCUGAUCAGCGUUGACGCUCGGCUGCGACCCGUCAUAGAGAAGCACCCGUGCCACAUAUUCUCGGCCAGAGGUCUCGCGGAACAAAUCGACCCCUUUCGUUCACUGGCAAGCGGGAUCAUGGGCCAGCAAGUAUCCGGGGCGGCGGCGAAAUCUAUCAAGAACAAGUUCAUAGCGCUUUUCAACGAGGAGGGCGCCGAGGACCCCAAGUUCCCCACGCCGGCACAGGUAGCCGCGACAGACUUGGCGCGGUUGCGCCUCGCGGGUCUAUCGCAACGGAAAGCAGAGUACAUCCAGGGCCUCGCGGAGAAGUUUGCGACGCGGGAACUAACAACGGACAUGCUCAUGAGAGCCACCGACGAAGAGGUCAUGGAGAAACUGAUCGCUGUCCGCGGACUGGGCAAAUGGUCCGUCGAGAUGUUUGCCUGUUUCGGACUCAAGAGGCUGGACAUUCUCUCGACCGGCGACCUCGGCGUGCAACGCGGCAUGGCCGCCUUUUACGGCAAAGACGUCAAGAAGCUCAAGGCCAAAGGCGGGGGGAAGUGGAAGUACAUGUCCGAGCAAGAAAUGCUGGACAGAUCUGCCCCCUUCGCCCCAUAUCGCAGUCUAUUCAUGUGGUAUAUGUGGCGUGUCGAGGAUGUGGAUGUCGAGGUCAUGAGCACCAUGUAG